AAUAUAAUCAGUUCCGUCAUUGACGUUUUCGAGUCUAAACAGAGCAGAGAGCCAGAGAGUGAGCUUCGCAGAUCGUUGAAAGAUCGAAAGAACUCGACAAUGUCUACCCUUAUAGUUCCUCAACCACCUCCACCCGUGGCCGAUGACUGUGAGCAGCUUAGAAAGGCCUUUUCAGGAUGGGGGACAAACGAGGGCUUGAUCAUAUCCAUAUUGGGUCACAGAAAUGCUGCUCAACGCAAGCUGAUCAGGGAGACUUAUGCUGAGACCUACGGAGAAGAUCUCCUCAAGGCAUUGGACAAGGAACUUUCAAAUGAUUUUGAGAGAGUGGUGCUGCUCUGGACGCUUGGUCCUGCUGAACGCGAUGCAUUUUUAGCUAAUGAGGCAACUAAGAGAUGGACAUCAAGCAAUCAGGUUCUUAUGGAAAUCGCCUGCACAAGGUCUUCAAAUGAAUUGCUUCAGGCAAGACAGGCGUAUCAUGCUCGCUUUAAGAAGUCCCUUGAAGAGGAUGUUGCACAUCACACAACUGGGGACUUCCGCAAGCUUUUGUUUCCUCUUGUGUGCUCAUACCGAUACGAGGGGGAUGAGGUGAGCAUGACCCUCGCAAAAACAGAGGCUAAGUUGCUCCACGAGAAGAUUUCCAAGAAGGCUUAUGGUGAUGAGGAUUUCAUCAGGGUUUUGGCUACCAGGAGCAAAGCACAGAUUAAUGCUACUCUGAACCAAUACAAAAAUGAGUUUGGCAAUGAUCUCAACAAGGACUUGAAGACUGACCCCAAGGAUGAAUUCCUCGCACUAUUGAGGGCCACAGUGAAGUGCUUGACACGCCCAGAGAAAUACUUUGAGAAGGUUCUUCGUCUCUCUAUCAACAGACGAGGAACAGAUGAAGGAGCUCUGACUAGAGUUGUCACUACAAGGGCAGAGGUUGACUUGAAGAUUAUAAAAGAUGAGUAUCAGCAAAGGAACAGUGUUCCUUUGGACCGUGCCAUAGUCAAGGACACCCAUGGGGAUUAUGAAAAGAUGCUCCUGGCACUGAUCGGGCAUAAGGAGGAUUGAGCUGUGAAUCUGUUUCGAGGGGCACUAUAUCAUGAAGGUUGUGGUGGUUGCGGUUUCACCUUGCUGGAUGUGGUUUCAAGACAGAAUAAAUCCUUGUAAUUUGAUGUGUUUUAUUUUCAGUCGGAUGGCUAUGUGAAGCUGGUCUAUGAAAACUUCACCUAUCAUCACAUCAAUAAAAUUAUAUAACUAUGUUUGCCCUGUUUAAAGAA